CGCAUGCGCGCGGGGGGGCCGCGCCUGCCACCGCCUUCGCGCCCGCCGUUGAGGGCCGGCCGUUGAGGCAGUCGCGUGGGGCUGGGGGCGGCAGCGCGCGCAGCGGCAGGCGACAGCGCCCGCAGCCACCGCCCGCCCGCCGCGAGGGAGCGGCGCCACCGCCGCCGCCCGGCCUCCCCUUCCCGCUCCGCCUCCCGCCGCCUCCUCCCCUCACUCCUCCUCCCGCCGGAGCGAGCAGAGCGAGAUGGCGGCCGCCGGGGCUCUGGCGAAGCACGAGCAGAUCCUGGUGCUCGAUCCGCCCACCGACCUCAAAUUCAAAGGUCCCUUUACAGAUGUAGUAACUACAAAUCUUAAACUACGAAAUCCAUCAGAUAGAAAAGUAUGCUUCAAAGUGAAGACCACAGCACCUCGUCGAUACUGUGUGAGGCCGAACAGUGGAAUUAUUGACCCAGGAUCAUCUGUAGUUGUUUCAGUAAUGUUGCAGCCUUUUGACUAUGACCCAAAUGAGAAGAGUAAACACAAGUUUAUGGUACAAACAACCUAUGCACCACCAAAUAUUUCAGAUAUGGAGGCAGUGUGGAAAGAAGCAAAACCUGAUGAAUUAAUGGACUCCAAAUUGAGAUGUGUGUUUGAAAUGCCCAAUGAAAAUGAUAAACUGAAUGAUAUAGAUGCAAGCAAACCUGCCCCAGUACUGAAUACAUCUAAGCAGGAUGGACCGAUGCCAAAACCACAUAGUGUUUCACUUAAUGAUACUGAAACAAGGAAGCUAGUGGAGGAGUGCAAAAGACUUCAAGCAGAGAUUAUGAAGCUGACGGAUGAAAAUCGGCACCUGAGAGAUGAAGGCUUGAGGCUCAGAAAGGUAGCGCACUCGGAUAAAUCUGGAUCACCCACAGCUUUGGCCCUCAGAGAUAAUGGCUCUAAUUCUCUUCCUUCACUUCUUGUUGUAAUUGCAGCCAUUUUCAUUGGAUUCUUUCUAGGGAAGUUCAUCUUGUAGAAAGAAUGAGUGAGAGAAGCAUGCAAAAUGCAGCUUCCUUUUUUUUUUUUUUUUUUUUUUUUUUCUUGGCCAGAAAAAGAUUUGUUUACCUACCACUUCAUUGGUAGUGUGGCCCAAGUGGCCAUUUUUGUGUACAGCGUCAUAACAGGCUUUGCCUUUAAUGAUCUCGCACGGUUAGAAAACACAAUCUGAAAAGACAAACUGUUCGGCUACUGGACAAAAUUGUACAUUAAGUCAUUAAUAGCAGGUGUCAGUUGCACAGUCAGUCCUUUAUGAAAAUUCAUAAAUAAUGAAUUGUUCUUUCUUUCUGUGGUUUUAAUAAGAAUUCAAAAAUUGUUCAGAGUCUUGUAAAUGUUAUUUUAAUAAUCCUUUAAAAUUUUAUCUGUUGCUGUUACCUCUUGAAAAAUGAUUUAUUAGAUUGCUAAUCCCACUCAUUCAGGAAUAUGACAAGAGGUAUUCUGGGGGAAAUGGUGCCUCUUACUGUGUAAAUUUUCUCCUUACCUUACUUUGUUAAUAUCAUGGCAGAAUUUCUUUUUUAUCCCUUGUGAGGCAUUGUUGAGAGUUCUUCAUCCUUACAGUCCUGUCCCAUAAUAUUUAACAUUACAAAAGAAAUAAAAUUGUUAACAGAUUUUUCUGCUGGGUAGCCUGUUUGUGUGUGUCGUACUUUUAGAAGGGAUUUCUAACAAGUUCAUUGUUCAUGGUAAUUUGCUACUUGUAACAAAUGGCUAUUUUGAAGUUUAUUUGCUUAAGUCUCUGGCUUAGACUGUUGUAAUUGAAGCUUGGGGUUAAAAAAAAAGGUUUCCAUUCCAUUUGUUUGAAAAGAUGGACUGUUUUCUGGCUGCUUUCAGCUACAGAGAGGAUGGUUAUCAGACUUGUUUUGGGACAGAAUAAUUUGGAUAUCCAGCAGGUACAAAUAUCAGACAUGAAUGUUUUCAAUAUAUUAACAGUUUGCUUGGAUUGUGCAGGAGUGUAAUAAUCAACCUUCUGUUCCAUCUUUGGAUCUUCUGGGUGUCUUCCAGGAGUCAACAUUAUUCUUUGAUUUCAUAAGGGAACUUAAUUCACAUACACUAGUUUACUUAGUUUGUAAUUCUGUUUUAGCAGAUAUUCAAAAAUGCAAUUUGAAUGUUUCAGACACCCAUAGUGAAUUCCAUGAUGCAGAAGAGUUGAUAUUUGCUGAGUGAGCCUCAGUUGCUCACCUUUUGAAAAUGAAAAUCAUUCUUAUGCAAGUCUUGGCAGAUCUACCUGUGUUAACCAUGUAUAGCUAAGUUUUAAAGAAUGGAUUUUUUGGGGUCUGAAAUGCUUCCCUGCACUUAAUCUUGUGUCUUGCCUCAUCUCUGAAUAUGUCAUAAAAACAAACAGUAGUAUUGGAACAAAAUAUUAUCUGUACAUCUGACUAAGCAUAAUCCCAUACAGGGAAUUACUUGUAAACUGAAAAAUUGUGGAAGGUAUAUACUCCUGUAAGCAAAAUUGUAUAUACUCUUGGACAGCUUGACUUGAUGUGGUGCAGCUAAGUGUGUUAGACCUUGGUAUAUGCACAUCUUAUGUAGCUGAGAAAAAUGUUCUGGAGAAGAUGUACGUUAUCUUGGUUGCCUUUGAUUUCUAGUGCUUUUUUUUUUUAAAAAAAAACAACAACUAUAAUUACAUCAUGUUCUGUUAUUGCUCUCUGUGAUAAACUUUUUUAUAAAAUCUUGCAUAUGUGCAAGGAAGAUGAUGAAGAAAAUGCAAAUACUGCUUAUCUUUUCACUUAAGCAUGCUAGCACAGAUGUUUCCAAUUACUUGUUCCAGUGUCUGCAUUCAAGUCUCCUUCCAUCCCAGUGACUGGAAAAACUAUGUUAAGGUCUUGAUUAUUUUGGUUCCGCUGGUUCAGAAUGGUGUAAUUCUCCCAAAUUCUUUUCUUUUUUUUUUUUUCUCUAAUAGAACAUUGCCACAUCAAACCUUCAUAGCCUGUUCCAAACUGAUUAUGUGGAAAAUAACGAAAGCAAUAGUGUGCAGGAUGUAGUUUACUUCAGACAGAGCAGUCAUUCCUGCAUUGAAGGGAAAAAAAAUAUAAAAAUCCUCUGGAAGAUCUUAAAAUGUUUACAGCAUAGUGUAUGGAAACUUUGAAGGGUAGCUAGCACUUUCAGGACUUGAGAGGAGAAAAAGGAGUCAUUGCUCAAUGCAGCUGACUCAGGUUUUGAUGUCUGGCAGUAGUAAUAAAGCAAAAAUAACAAAAAAAUCAGAUUGAAAUAACUUUUUUAAUAAAUAACAAACAGGUGGUGGUAAAACUUGGUUAUGGUUUAAGUAAUGUCUUCAAAGUGAAAGUGUGCAGCGGUCUCAUAACCAGUGUACUUACUAAUGGUAUAAGGAGACUGUCUUGGUUUCCAGUAAUCCCUUCUUAGCUGUAUAUAAAAUGUAAUGCUAAAACUAUUUUGCUCUCAGGAGUCACUUUGGAUGAGAUCAACUGUAUUCAGUGAAUUAUGUAAUAUGGAUUAAAUUGUUUGUCUUUGU